AUGGAAACUCCUUCUACCAAAGUCCCCUAUGGUCACUGGACCAGCCCUCUUACUGCCGAACAAUUAGCACACAGCCGUGUCUCACUCCACGAAGUAGUCGUCAACGAAUCAACCGGCACCAUCUACUCAAUUGAAUGUCUCCCAACUGAAAAUGGCCGGUACACAAUCAUCGAGCACCACGAUGGCAAAAGCCGCAACAUCCUCCCGAAAGAGUCGGGAUUAAGUGCGCAAGCCAGAGUGCAUGAUCUUGGCGGUGGUUCCAUGGCAAUCAGGCCUGAUGGGAAGAUUACAUUCUCAGAUGAAAAGUCUUAUCAUGUGUACCAGUUGGAUCCGGCGGUGGCUGACGGUGAUAAUGGCUCCCAUAGCGGGGCUACGCUCGUCCACGCCGCGGACCAGGAUAUCCGGUAUGCGGAUUUCUGUCACCAUCCUACAGAGUUUCAGUGGGUGCUUGCUAUUCGGGAGGACCAGCGCAAUGCUACACCAGAGACACAGGCGUAUGAUGUCCAUAAUGUCCUGGUGGCUAUCAACACCGACACGGGGGAGGAGAAGGUGAUUGCUGCAGGGGACGAUUUCUACGCGCAUCCCAAAUUCAAUCUGUCGGGACGAUAUGUCUCCUGGAUUCAGUGGUCGCAUCCGGAUAUGCCAUGGACGGGGACCGUUCUUUACUUGGCUGAUUGGGACGGCAAUGGAGGGUUGGCGAAUGUGAGGAAGAUAGCAGGUAAAGCUAUGAGCGAGAGUAUUGCGCAGCCGAAAUGGGGCUUGGAUGGAGCAUUAUGGUUUGCCAGUGACAGGACGGGGUUCUGGCAGCUGUACUCCAUCCGUCCAGAUGACGAGGAUUGUCAAGUCAGGCCGCUGAUGCUCAAGGGCCUUGAGGGGGCAGAAAUGGCCAUUGCGGAAUGGGACCUCGGAAUUUCGACGUACACAUCGCUCGACGAAUCGACGAUAGUAGCAGCCGCCGUAACCCAUGCUACCAGUAGGGUCGUCCUCGUCAACACAGCAACAGCAUCAUUCCAGGAUCUGGAUCUCCAAUACCUGGACAUUGACGGAAUCUACCGCGUAUCGCCAACCUCGUUUGCAAUCGUCGGCUCAUCAGCGGACUCCCCUCCAGAGCUGGCACUAAUCUCACUCACACCCGAUACACACGCAAAGGCGCAAGCCCGAAAAGCCGUUCUCAAAUCCACAGCAUCCGCAUUCACCCUACCACCCGAAUACAUCUCCCACGCAACCUCCCGCACCGCACCCCAACUCCAUGGCCCCCUCCGCAACAACUCCGUCCAUUUCUUCUUCUUCCCUCCUCGCAACCCACAUUUCCACAACAACAACAACAUACCCCCUCCGUGCCUAGUCUACGUCCACGGCGGCCCGAACGGCAACGCCUCUCCAGCCUUCGACCUCGAAACCCAAUACUAUACCACCCGCGGCUUCGCCGUCGCCGCAGUAAACUACACCGGCUCCACCGGCUUCGGCCGCGAAUACCGCGAACGCUUCUCGGGCCACUGGGGCUUAGCUGACGUCGCCGACACCGUCAGCGUCGUCGACUACCUGGUCCAAAAUGGGACGAUUGAUAAAUCCCGCGUGGGCAUCUAUGGCGGCAGCGCGGGCGGGUAUCUCACCCUGCGCGCGCUGCACAUGUACCCGGAUACCUGGGCGGCGGGGAUAAGCAGCUACGGGAUCAGCGACGUGCGCGCGUUGCAGGCGGACUCGUAUAAGUUCGAGAGUCAGGAUGUUGAUCGGUUGCUUCUCUCGCUGACGCAGGGGGCGGAAGAGAGGGAGGCAGAACUGACGAGGCGCAGUCCAUGCUACUUUGCGAAGGAUAUCAAAGCACCGCUGCUGCUGUUGCAGGGGACGGAGGAUGUCGUCGUCCCUGUUGCGCAGGCGCGGAUGAUGGCGGCCGCGAUGCGUGAGUGUGGGAAUGUAGCGGAGGUGGUGGAGUUCCCUGGUGAGGGACAUGGAUGGGUUGGCAAGGAGGCUAUCUUUGAGUCUUUGCGGAAGAAGGAGGUGUGGUGGAGGACGCAUCUGGGUUAG